UUGAAAAAAUAUUAGAAAACUUACUCCUUAUUGAGUCCCUGUUCUUCUCAAUUCAAUCUUUAAAUCUCGACUAUAAAAGCCAACAGAUUUUUGCUACCCACAACCACACCCAAUUAACUCACGCUGCUUGCAUUGGUCGCUGUCUCUAACCUGCUUGGCUCUUGGCACACUUGGCUUUGCUCGUCACGACGUUAUCUUCCAAGGUAGUUUUUGUUGCUUUUUUAUCUUGGUCGUUCAUCUUCAUCAAUUACUUUUUUGCUUUUCAGUCAUCUGUAUACCUUCCUGCGCUUAUCUCAUUUCCGGAGCUCUCAACAGAUUCUUCAGGAAUGCCGCCGCAGCUCGUCGAGUUAUCGCCAGGGAUGAAAGUUGCGGAGAAAUGGACAAUCAUCAAAAAGCUUGGUGCCGGUGCAUUUGGAGCUGUCUACCACUGUAAAUUCGGCUUGAGGGAAGGGGCUCUCAAAACUGAGCCAGUCGAUGCGUCAAUGCCGCUACUAGCAAUGGAGGCCCAUGUUCUUCAAGAACUGCACCGCAUAAAGGACGACCGUCACUUCACUAAGUGCUUCGACAUCGGCAGGGACAGUCAGACCAUUGGACCUGCUGGAAAGGUGUCCUUCAACUAUAUCGUGAUGUCGCUGGUUGGCCCAGGACUGGACAAACUCGUCAAAGCUCGGCCUGGUCGACGCUUCUCUCCUGGUACAGCGAUCGGCGUCUCAAUUCAGAUGGUCAACGCGCUACGGGCUCUUCAUGGCAUUGGAUAUCUCCACCGGGAUAUCAAGCCGGCAAACACGACUACCGGAAGGAAGGAAGAGGGAGAACAGCAGAUAAUCUACGUGCUUGAUUUUGGGAUCGCGAGAAAGUUCAUGCACUCAGAUGGGUCGUUGAUGCGUCCAAGGGAGUCUGCACGUUUCCGAGGGACUCCACGUUAUGCGGCUACUUCAGCACACAUCAAAAGAGAAUACGCACGUAAGGAUGACAUGGAAUCCUGGUUCUACAUGAUGGUCGAAAUCUAUGCUGGCAAACUUCCUUGGAGCGGUGUCGGCGACAUGGAUGCGAUUGGUCAGUUCAAAGAAGCUCGACUCCCGAACAAUCAACUGAAGGUGCGAACUGAUGCUGUGCGUGCCCUCGUCGCUGGUUGCCCUGAUGAAUUCAUCACUAUCCUGAGGCAUAUAGAUGAGAUGCGUUUCUACGGUCGUCCAGACUACAACUGGAUAAUGAAGAUGCUGCGCGCAUAUCUCACCGAGAACAGGAUCCCUGAGCAUCCAUAUGACUGGGAAUGA